AUGCCCCCGCUCGGCACCGCGCAGGGCGUGCCUGUGACGCUGGUGCGCGUCGACGAGGCGCGCACGACGCCCAUCUGGCUCGACGGCGCGGUGGCUACACGUCCCUAUGUACCGCGACCGAGCGGGCGCGCCGCGCACCCGCACGCCGACGACCGCGACGCCUACAGCGAGGCCGUCCUGCACGAGGCCCUGGCGUGCAUACGCGCACACCACGCCGCCCAGCCGGACUGGUGGGCGUGUCAGGCGCGCACCCUGUGUGUAUCUAGCGAGCGCUGCACGAACGAGCUCGCCGCAUGUGUCGAGGCGGCCGAGCGCGAGCCGGGUUCGACGCACUGGGCGCACGUCCUGCAUACCAACGACGGCGAGUCUGAUGCGCGCAUCGUGUGGGAGCGCGGCGCCAAGGCGCACACAUACGUGCUACCGCCUCGCAGCGCAUUCCUGCUCACCGACCUGCUCCCUCCCACCCGGCGCAUGCCGCAUGGCUGGGCGAGUGUGCGCGCGCUGGUGCAUGCGCACGGCGGCGCCUCGCUCGUGGUGGUGGACCCGCCGUGGCCGAAUCUGAGCGCGCAGCGCGCGCAUCGACACUCGGCGCAUGGCUACGGCACGGUGCAAGACAUAUACGACCUGUGGCGUCUGCGCCCUGCGCUUGAGACGAUCCUCGGCCCAGAUACCCUGCUGGCCGUGUGGGUAACGAAUGCGCCGCGUAUCCAGCGGUUUGUCGUGGACAAGCUUAUGCCGGCGCUCGGGAUCGUGCACCAAGCGACGUGGGCGUGGCUCAAGGUGACGGCGCCCACAGGCGGUGCGCUGCCGGACCCGGUCGUGCCGCUGGACCGCGAUGCGCGCCACUUUCGGCGGCCGUACGAGCUCGUGCUGCUCGGCGCACGCACGCCGCAGGCGGUGGCGCCGCGGCACAUUCUUGUGAGUGUCCCGCUGGGGCACAGUGCCAAGCCGUACCUGGGCAGGGCGCUGGGCGUGCAGCGCGGCGCGAUCGUCGAGCUCUUCGCGCGGCAUGUGUCGGGCGGCGGGGCGCCUAUGCACCUGAGCGUCGGCAACGAGGCGGUGCGCGGCAACGAGGUGCGUCGGGUGGGUAUGUAG